GAGAGCUCCACAGCCAGCAGCCAGUAUCACACGGCAGCCGAGCGCCGAACAGAGCAGUCCUUUUCCUUCCCUCUCUCUCUCUCUCUUUCUCUCUCUUUCUGUUUCUCUCUCUUUCUCUCCCGUGUGUACACACGCAGCACACACGGCGUAGCCUUGUUUUUUCUCGGUUUAGCCUUUGUGUCGUGUUGCAACAUACGUACAUAUCGUCGUCCUACGCGGCGUGCAAAAGCAUCAUGUGAGAAGGUGUGAGAGCUGCAGCAAGGAAGAGAAGCCUUGUCGUGGCGUGUGAUAAGAAACCCGGCGAGUGUGUGUUUGCCUGCGGGAGGAUGCGCGACCGGCGGCCGCGCAUGUGCGAACCUGGUUUUUAGUAUAUAUAAAGUGCCAAAAAAGAGGAAUAACGCACACGACGAACGAAUUUUCCUUCGUUGUGCGUGCGAAUGUGCGUGUUUCCUUGUGUGAGUAGUGUUUAUUGCGUACGGUGACGUGUUUUUUUUCAACAAAACAACACGAGAAGCUUUCUUUCGUCAGUUCGCGCUUUUUUUCUUUUGAUGUGGGAAUUGCCGACGACUACGACGUUGGAUUCGAGAUUUGGCUGAUUGAUGAGUAGAAACGACCGCAGGUCAAUUAUUAUGCGAAGAAGCCCUCGGGGCGCAACAAGAGUGACAGAGAGAAAGAGAAAUGUAAGAGACAGGCAGGACAUCGGGCAGAGGGUUGCACGCUACAUCUGCUUGGCAUGCGUAAACCAUGCACGCGCGCGCCAGAAAGUUUUGCCAAGGUCGAGAAAAACACGCGCGUCGUUACGGGAAACAUGUUCCGCCUGGUCGUCCUUUUCUUUUGCUCGCGGCGACAAUCGUGCCUGAGUCCCGGUAGUUAUUUGUACUGUCAACGGUAAAUUUAACUAUAACUGCUAGGAGACAAUCAAAUGAAGAGUGAUAUGUUAACCGAAGACAAUGACCCGACGAAACCAGCAGGGGUUUUAGACAAUGCUGGCAACGUGUCUUCGUCAACGGAGGCUUCGAUACAGCACCCUCGCAAUGCAAACAAUGAAACAGAAGUUAAGAAUGAGGUUCAGGACUGCCCAGAGUCAGAUAGCGUGCCAGGUGGCGAGUUGUACAUCGACGAGAAUGCAGAGGAGAAAGACCAAGAGUAUCCGGACUCGAUGGAGAAAGCCGACUAUGGCUCUCUUUACGGUGCCAAUCCUUACUACAAUAGUUUGUACAGCUCACCGUCUUACGGAAGUACAACCGCCUCGAAAAGUUCAUCGUCCUUACAAAGUUCGUACUUAGGUUCCUACACGACGCCGAGCUCGAUGACGCAGUAUUCCUCGUACGCCAGUUACAACAGUGGUACUACCACCUUCCCUACAGUUCCACAAAAUAUAUCCUCGGCUUCUCAAAAACUAGAUUAUACGGCUUACAGUACCUCGCUAUAUGGAAACGACAGGGUACCUCUACAGUAUUCCGGAUAUUAUCCAGUGCCCGGUUACCAUACGACGCCCACCUCAUUUAAUAUUAGUAACUUGAAUUUUGUCGAUUCAACGAAAUCAGCGUUGACGUUAGAUACGACUUCUCUCGACACAAGUGAUCUAACCGCGAGGGAAACCGCAAAUGUCGAAGGGAGCAGCGCGAAGCCCUGCAAACGUGGACGUCGCCAAAGCGGAAGCGGAAACAGUAUCGGCUCGGCGGACACUACUGAGGCAGGACCUGACCGGAUAUUCAUAUGGGACCUCGAUGAAACCAUAAUCGUAUUCCAAAGCCUGCUUACCGGACACUUCGCCACUACCCACAAUAAGGAGCCCACGAUACUCUCUCAGCUCGCUUACCGGAUGGAGGAGAUUAUCUUCUGGCUCGCCGACUCGCACUUCUUCUUCAACGACAUCGAGGUGAGCUGCAGGAUUAGUUUGCGCUCGCAGGACUGCGACCAGGCGCACAUAGACGACGUUUCGUCGGACGACAACGGCCAGGAUCUGUCGGCUUACAACUUCGCCACAGAUGGUUUUCAUUGCGAAGCUGCAAGUAACGGCAUCUGUUUACCCUCGGGUGUACGCGGCGGCGUCGACUGGAUGCGAAAGCUGGCCUUUCGCUAUCGCAAGAUCAAGGAGACUUACUGCAACUAUCGUAACAACGUUGGCGGACUUCUCGGGGCGGCAAAACGAGAGCAUUGGCUAAAUUUGAGGGCUGAAAUCGAGCAACAAACCGAAAAUUGGUUGACUAUCGCUGUCAAAUGUUUGUGUUUGAUUGGCAAGCGAAAUCAUUGCGUUAACAUACUUGUCACCUCGGACCAACUGAUACCCUCGCUCUCCAAGGUUCUGCUGUUCGGCCUCGGUGGACUCUUCCCCAUCGAGAACAUCUAUUCGGCCUCCAAAACCGGUAAAGAAAACUGUUUCGGUAGGAUAGUGGCAAGAUUCGGGCGCAAGUGCACAUACGUGGUUAUAGGCGACGGCUCCGAUGAGGAGGCAGCUGCGCGCACGCAUAACUUUCCUUUUUGGAGGAUAAAAAGUCAUUCGGAUAUGCAGGCGCUCUACAACGCCCUGGAAAUGGACUUCCUUUAACGUGCCGAAUUCAAUCGACAUGGAUUUAGUUGCAAUUUCAUUACAUACGUUUGGAUGAAAGCGAAGUACAAAAGUUUAUUCCUUCAUUCGUUUUUCAGUUUUAGAUUUUUUCAGGAAGUUAUCGACUUCGAGCCAAGCUAGCGAGUUUGGGUGAAACAGAUAAAUAGUGUCUCAUAGAUUAAUUUAUUUUUUAAAAACUAUGUACUGCAUUUUUUGUAUCGAAAAAGAACUAUUACGCAAAAUGCUUUUGUUUUUAUGAAGCUUUAAAUGGAAUAAUUUUUCUUUUAAGAAAUGAAUCAGCCUAGUUAUCAUAAAUAAGAAAAAGCGAAUGAUUAUAAUUUAAAGAUAAAUUUAUUUAUGCACGUAUAAGUUUUUAAAAUAGUUCAAGAACGUUAGAUUCAACGAAUUUCAUCGACAUUUUUUACGAAGAAAUUACAUGUCCAUAUAGUAUUUUCAUUCUCCAAGAAGUUUCGAUAAUUUAGCAAAUAAGAUGUUUUUGUUCUUUUAGUAAAUAAGUUUUGUACGUGUACGGCAGUGAAGCCAAAAAUUAAAAAUUUUAUAGGUCGUCGUAAUGGUCGAUCAUGAACUGACUUUGAGUCGAAACAAGUGAUAAAUGAAAAAAAUUGAAAGUAAAGUGAAAGUAAAAGAUUUAUAUAUUAAGGAAAACUUUCUAAAUAAAUGUGAAAAAAUAUUAGCGAGCUUCUAUACUUAUUUAUGUGUAUGAAAAAUAAGCGAGAGAGUAACAAAGGAGAGUGUAAUGCAAAAAUAGUACAUUACUUAACUGGUACGGGAAAGUAGAUUCUUGUGUCGUGUGAAGUUUAUGCCUGUGCGAAGCGAUGGUAGAAAGACACAUGAGAUAAGAAUUUUUUUUCCGAACAUGUUAGAUGCUUUCAACAUGUUGUUUUGACAACAUGUGGAAAGCACGAAUUUGAGCGCACGUUUUUCGCCGAGCAAUCAGAAAGUCGCACUUUCCGCACGGCAUGUUAAAAAAUUUUAGCCAAGCAAAAUAUCUUUGAUCAAACAUGUAAUGUACUUAAAAAAUCAAAGUUAACAGCAUUUAUACCAAUUCAUUUUUUUGUGAAUGCAACUAUGCGCUAUGUUAUUAUGUUAAUUCCUUUAUGAUUUUAUAAAAUAUUUUCGUUUGCAAUCUUUCUCCUUUGGCGACAAAUCAUAAAAACUAUAUAAAUUUAAACCGUUUAUUUAAUUAAUUUUUAUAAUAUGGAAAUUUUACUUUUUAAUUUGUUAUGCACAAAUCAAACUGAAAAAAACAUUUUAAACUAUGUGAAGUGCAACAUUCCAUAUAAUGUACA